AACAAUCAACCAUGACUACAGAAUCUGGAUCAGACUCUGAAUCUAAGGAUCAGGAUCAAGAGCAGAAAGAAGCUUCUGGUCAACAAGGAACAGGUGGGGCAGGGUCCCAAGAACAGCAGCAACAGCAACAGCUAAGUGAAGAACACCAGAAUGCAUUAGAGCAAUUUUCUAGCGUUGCAUCCCACAGCACUCCUGUGAAAAAGGAACAGGCCACUGACAAAGAACGUGAAUUUGCUGCUGCAGCGGCAAAACAACUGGAAUACCAGCAAUUUGAAGACGACAAGCUCUCUCAGAAAUCAUCCUCAAGCAAACUCUCCAGAUCUCCUCUAAAGAUUGUCAAAAAACUGAAAAACAUGCAGUGCAAAGUAAUCCUUCUAGAUGGCUCGGAAUAUGGCUGUGAAGUGGAGAAACGUUCAAAAGGCCACGUGCUGUUCGACAUAGUAUGUGAACAUCUAAAUCUGUUGGAAAAAGAUUAUUUUGGGUUAACAUACAAAGAUAUGGAAAGCCAAAAGAAUUGGUUGGACCCAGCCAAGGAAAUAAAAAAGCAGAUCCGAAGUGGUGCUUGGCAUUUCUCUUUUAAUGUGAAAUUCUAUCCUCCUGAUCCUGCCCAGCUUUCUGAAGAUAUUACCAGAUACUACCUCUGUCUACAGCUGCGAGAUGACAUAGUUUCUGGAAGACUGCCAUGCUCUUUUGUUACACUUGCACUAUUGGGCUCUUACACAGUUCAGUCAGAGCUUGGAGAUUAUGAUCCUGAUGAAUAUGGAAGUGAUUAUGUCAGUGAAUUUCGCUUUGCACCAAACCAUACUAAAGAACUGGAAGACAAAGUAAUAGAGCUUCAUAAAAGCCACAGGGGAAUGACACCUGCAGAGGCUGAGAUGCAUUUUUUGGAGAAUGCCAAAAAAUUGUCUAUGUAUGGAGUAGAUCUCCACCACGCCAAGGAUUCUGAAGGAGUUGAAAUCAUGUUAGGGGUUUGUGCAAGUGGUCUCUUGAUAUAUCGGGACAGACUCAGAAUAAACAGGUUUGCUUGGCCCAAGGUUCUCAAAAUUUCAUACAAGAGGAAUAACUUCUACAUCAAAAUUCGACCAGGGGAAUUUGAGCAAUUUGAAAGCACAAUUGGGUUUAAAUUACCAAAUCAUCGUGCUGCAAAGCGUUUAUGGAAAGUAUGUGUUGAACAUCAUACAUUUUUCAGGCUCUUGCUACCAGAGGCUCCUCCCAAAAAAUUCCUUACACUGGGUUCCAAGUUUCGCUACAGUGGAAGGACACAAGCCCAGACAAGGAGAGCAAGUGCACUGAUAGACCGACCUGCACCUUACUUUGAGCGUUCAUCAAGCAAACGCUAUACUAUGUCUCGCAGCCUAGAUGGGGCAUCAGUGAAUGAAAACCAUGAAAUGUACUUGAAGGAUUCUAUGUCUGCUGCAGAGGUUGGUACUGGCCAGUAUACCACGACAAAAGGCGUCUCUCAAACGAACUUGAUAACCACUGUGACUCCGGAGAAAAAGGCAGAAGAAGAGAAGGAUGAGGAGCAGAAUAAAAAAAAGAAAGCAGAGGAAGUUACUCCAGUCUCAACAAUACAGCAUGAUACAAAGACACCUUUGCUUGGCACGGACUCAUUACACCCCUCGCCAUCAUCACAAUCUGGUCCCUUUGCAUCUUCAACAAAGCCCCGUAGAAGAUGUAAGGAGAGUGCUAGAAAAUCAUUAGAUUACGAAUCAUAUAAAAACACAGUUCAAAAGCACACCGAGUCUGAGUUGGACUUUGAAAGAAAAGGAAGAGUUUGCUCAGCUGAACAAGAUAUGGCAUUUAGCUAUAAGCAAAAGGCUGGUAAAGGUGGAACAUUGUUUUCCUUCUCCUUGCAACUUCCAGAAUCAUUCCCCUCUCUCCUGGAUGAUGAUGGCUACUUAUCCUUUCCUAAUCUCUCUGAAACCAACUUUCUACCAGAAAGUGUGCAGCAUUUCCUUCCCAUUCGUUCACCCUCCCUUGUGCCUUGUUUCCUUUUCAUCUUUUUCUUUCUGCUUUCUGCCUCUUUCUCAGUGCCAUAUGCUCUCACUCUCUCCUUUCCUCUGGCUAUGUGCCUCUGCUACCUGGAGCCCAAGGCGGCCUCCUUGAGUGCUUCACUUGACAAUGACCUGAGUGACAGUUCAGAGGAAGAGACUGACAGCGAAAGGACAGAUACUGCAGCUGAUGGUGAAACUACUGCCACAGAGUCAGAUCAAGAAGAUGAUGGUGACCUUAAAGCACAGGAACUAGAUAAAAACCAAGAAGACCUGAUGAAACACCAGACCAAUAUAAGUGAGCUGAAACGGACGUUCUUGGAAACCUCCACAGAUACCUCAGGGACCAAUGAAUGGGAGAAGAGGCUUUCUACAUCACCAGUCCGGCUUGCUGCAAGACAUGAAGAAGCUCCUAUGAUUGAACCACUUGUGCCUGAAGAGACCAAAGAAGAAAGAGAAAAAUUGGAAAAACAUAUGUUUUUGCAGAAGGAAAGCACUACAUACCUUGAUUCUCAGGGCACUGAGGAUUGGGUUAUUGUAGACAAAGUACCCACUGAGGUAGUUGGUGGUGAAUCGAAAACCAUUGUGACAUACAAAGUAAUGACUGUGAGCAGUAAAACUGGUGACAUCCCUGCUGAGCUUUUAAAAUCCACUGACAUACACAGCUUUGAGGACUUGGAAGGUGAAUUGCAGUCAGAAGAUGACAAUAAGCAGAAAAUGUACACCUUAGGAAAAUCCUACGAUACUGUUUCUGGAAAAAUUGUAACCUUGACCACUAAAGUAAAAGAGGGUGAAAAAAUUGUGCCAUCAUCACUUGAAGCAUUUCAAAACAUGGAAAGGGCAGUGCCAGAAUCUGUGAAAAUCAUUCCAGUAGUAGCAGAACAUGAAAUUCUAGAACCAAUUACUGAUGAGAGAGCCAGAAAAGUAUCUGAUGCAAAAAGAGGGGUAUCUGAAUCUUUGACACCCAUUAAAGAGGCAGACUCCGGGCUGCAGAGUCCUGAAGAUGAAAAUUUGAAGAAGACCUUAAAGAUGGAACAGGAUUUGCAGUUGCGUGAUACACUGGGGAGCGUGCAGAUUGCCAGAGCUGAGAAACUUCGUGACAGUGAAAGACUAAAAGGAGAGGCAUUUGGUCGGAAAGAUAAGAGUAUAUCUGAGUGGAAAUAUUCCAGAGAACCACCCUUGACCAUUGCUACUGCUCACUAUGUUACUGAAUCAUCAGCAUCAAGAGUAGUGACAAAACAACUCUCCAGUGAAAAAACUGUGGAUGGUUCAGAUAUCUUCACUUUAAUAGAAUCUGCAAGAAAACCAACUGAGUUUAUAGGAGGGGUUUCAUCUGCUACACAUAGCUGGGUGCAGAGAACAGAAGCUAAAACGGAUCAGGAGAUAGAUUCUAGUGAAAAGAAGCAAGAGGAGGAGCAGCAACAGGAAGCUGUGAAGGUUGUGAAGGAAACUCUAAUGGUCGAGCAGAGACAUGUGAUGAGUAUGCAUGCAAGUGGGAAUGCUGCUCAAUUGGCUGGCAUUCAGCUGGAUGCUACAGCACAGGGAGUAUCUCAUGUGGCUUCUAGCAUCAAAGGGAAGGAGGGCUCUGCUGUGACUGAGGGGGCUAAAGAGGAAAAGAUGCAGGAGGCUGAAAAAGCUUUAGCCAAACAGGAAGAAACUGCUACUGUUUCUCACAAUCAGGAGGAGAGUGCAGCAGCCUAUGUUUUGGAUGCACUGGAAAGAAAACCUCUUUUUGAGUCACCAAUUGUGAAAACUGAAACCGUCAGUUUUGGCAGUGUAUCUUCAGGUGGGGAGAAGCUGGAAAUUUCUAUGAAGGAAGUGCCCGUCGUUCAUACUGAAACCAAAACCAUUACGUAUGAGUCAUCAGAGGUGGAUCCCAGUGCUGACUCUGAACCAGGAGUUCUGAUGAGUGCACAAACCAUCACAUCUGAAACUACCAGUACUACAACUACUACACAUAUCACUAAAACAGUAAAAGGAGGCAUAUCAGAAACAAGAAUUGAAAAGCGAAUAGUCAUCACAGGAGAUGCAGACAUUGACCAUGAUCAGGCGCUGGCUCAGGCAAUUAAAGAGGCCAAAGAGCAGCACCCUGACAUGUCAGUGACCAAAGUAGUGGUACAUAAAGAGACAGAAAUCACACCUGAAGAUGGUGAGGAUUGACCACAGGAAUAAAGUAGCUUUCUUACGAGUCCAAUCAUAUACGUGGGAAUACCAGAGCCUACAGUCAUGGUUCUAACCCAGCAGGCUUGCAUCUCUCCAGAGAAACUUUCAGUAUGGAAGAAUCAAUCUUGAUUGCUACUUAAGGACACUGACAGAAAUACCGUCCCAUUUGCAGCAAUCUGAAUCAGCAUUAGCAACCCAGUAUUUGCAUGAAGCAAUGAACAAAUUACAAAAAACCUCCACAGCAUUUUAGUUAUCCCAAACUAAGUUUCCAUCUAUACCUGCACGUUCAUCAACAGUAUAAAACAGUGAUCUCAUGCUACACGUUGAAACAAUUCAUGCCUUCACAGUUAUUGAAAGUCUAAACAAACCAGUUUCUUAGGUGGCAAAAUUUUUGUUUAGGGUAAAUGAAGAUUACCCUGUAAUGCUAGACGCUGUGUAUAAUGUUUCAUCAUAUUAGAUGUGCCAUAACACACACUAUUCAGUAAACAACUUGAAUCAUAUAAUUGUUUUCAUCUGAUUUUAUUACUCUUGUCCAAUAAACAAUGGCAAAUUUCUAAUCUUAUUUAAAUGCUUACAAAAUGUGGUUUAUCUGGUUUGAGACCCUUAAUAGAUAGUAAUGAUUUUAGCAUUGUUCAAAGUUUAAAGUUAGAAAUCCUCUAGUCACCCUUCACAGACUCUCAUUCUAUAAAUUACGUUGUGGUUAUUUUAAAGAAAAUGUGUGUUUUUCUUACCAUUUCAGAAAUAUUAGUCUGAAAUUUUGACAAUUUUUGUAUUUCCCUUCUGUUCUCAGAGCAAAAUGUUUAUUUUCAGAGUCUGGUCAGCAUUUCCUGUCUAAGUCAGAGUUGAGCCUUAAAACUGUACAGAAUACCUUCUAAGCAUUCUUUGGUAUUGGUUAUCACAUCCAGUUGAGGGAUACGUCUUCAUUGCACUGUCAGUCACAUCAUAACACAUGGUGAAUGUAUGUUUCUGCAUAGUGAAAUAAAAGUGGUAAACGCA